AUUAAUUGCAGAAACAUGAUUUUGCGGUAUAUGCUCCAUGGCAAAAUUUUAAUUUCCAGGAAAGAAUAUUUUCAAGAAAAGUCACCACCCAUGUGCGUAGUGAGAAUUCGUUCCAAAGGAUACAAAUUUUCAGGGUCUAGCCGGCCAGCUCCAGAACCUUCAACCACAGCGCCACGACACUCCUAAAACCCUAAACCCCUCCCCCCUUCUUCCCUCUAUAUACAAACAAACUAGCCACCUUUCAAUUCCUUCACUCAGAAAACAGAGUUUCACAUAGAAACAUCACUCACCGCAAAAAUGGCGACAAGAACGCUGCUGAAGCUAAAGCCAAACCUCAAACUUCCGUUACGUUUCUUCCGCAACCCCACUCUGGCCCUGACCCGACCCGUUGUCCCGCUUACCCGACCCGUUUUCCCGCUUGCCCGACCCGAAUCCCCCUCGCUCGCCCUCUUCAAACCCUUCACCGUUCAGUUCCCGGGCAUGAUCGCAAGGCAAAUGGCCACUGCGAGGUCGCCACGUGGCGCCUCAAAAAGGAACGAGGAGAAGGAGGAGGACGGCGGCGACGACGAUGAUGAUGGUGGUGCUGAUUUUGACGACGAGGAUGGGUUCGAUCUUGACGAAGAGUUCGACGGUUCCGAUGAAAGUGACGGUUUUGAUGACGAGGAAGAAGAAGAGAAACCCAAGGGAAAGAAGAAGAGAUGGUGACUUUUUUUUAUAAAAAAUAAACUUUUAAGCUUUGCUUUUCCGGUAUCUGUCAUCGAUUUCGGAUGAAUUAGGGUUUUCUCUGUUGUGUUGUUGAAUUUUACUUCAAUCUUUAUAUGUUUCCUAUUUCAAUGGUUUUCUUUUUGUCUAUGGCUUCGUUUAAGCCCUGCAGAAUCUUCAUUCUUGGUUCUGUAGGGGGAAAUGAAAGAGAGGUUUUUUGUU